AUGAUGGCCAGAUCCAGGCAGGCCCCAUGGCUCCUGCUGUCUGUUCUGGUGGCCCUGGCAGCCCUCACCUGCCAAGCAGGGAAGAAAACUUUUAUAAGAGUCCAAGAAGAGUCUGGAGUUCAAGGAAAUGCGAAAGAUGUCUUGCAGUUUUUCAUCGAUGAGUUCAAUAGGCAAAAUGAGGACAAGUACAAAUUCAGGAUCCUGCGUGUCCUGAAUGUGAAGAGGCAGGUGACAGAUCACAUGGAGUACCAUAUCUGUGUGCACAUGCAGCGGACUACCUGCCUGAAGUCAGAGACCACACUCUGCGGCCCCCAGGAAGGGGCACUGCACAAGCAAAUCGAGUGCUGCUUCUCCAUGUUUACUAUACCCUGGUUUGAAAAGUACAGAAUUCUGAAACAAAACUGCAGCAGCAGCUAG